GCGGUCGGUCGUUGUGCUGUCGCGUUGCGUCCACAUUGGUGUGCCCCCUGUUUUACGCGACCCAAAGGCCUGCCUGCCACAAAAAAAAGUUGUAAAUCCACCAAAUACCUAAUGUAUAUACUUAAAUUUCUAUUGCAUGUGCACCAGCAGCGGCCAUAAGAGAGAGAGAGAGAGUUAAAUAAUGUGUAAAGAGUGUUUGUGAUUUUAUCGUGUAUAUAACAAAAAUAAAAAAUAUAUUCUAUGCCUUUUGCAUAACAAAAACAACGCCAGCAGAAAGAGCAAAAGGAAAGAGCCAGAGAAAAGAAAACGAGUGACAAAAAACACGCACACAUCAACCAACAAACACACACGUUCGCACACACACAGGAGACGGUGGGACGCCUACGUCAAUAAGUAAAAACGGACCAAAAUCGAGAAGAAGCAACGAUGCAGCAGUCCUCGAUGAGGCAGUGGUUGUUGUUGGCGUUGUUGUUGUUGCCGCACUGAAGACACACACACACACACACACACACACAUAGAACACAUAGAACACGUAGAAGCCUCCAUGUUGCACAUGUUGCAGCAAGUAAAAUGCUCAGCGCUGCCAAUGCAACAGCCACAAAUGCAGCAGGAGCAGGAGCAGCAGCGAUUGCCGCAACCGAAACUUAUGUCAUAACAAACAAGAAACAACAACAGCAGCAGCAUCAGCAGCAACAGCAACAGCAACAUUUUGUUGUUGCCACCAACAAAAUGGUGAUACCUGCCACUGGAGCAACAACAGCAACAACUACAUCCACAACAGCAGCGGCAGAAACAACGCAGCAGCAACAGCAACAGCAGCAGCAACAGCAACAGCAGCAGCAACAUCAGCAACAGCAGCAACAUGUACUGUUUCAGCCGCACUUGCAUGCAACUGCAACAACAUCCACACCUCAGCAACAGCAACAGGCACCACCUCAGCCGCGCCAACAUCCCAAGAAGCGAAAAUUUGAUCCAGCAGAGCUGGACUCACAUGUGAGUCCUUCGGCAUUGAAUUGCGGUGCAGGCGCCAGCGAUAUCAAGCUGCAACAGCAACAACAGCAACAGCAACAACGUAUUAUAAUUGCAUCCCCGCUGCAACAUGCCGGCGGUAGUAGUACUUACAAGCAACAUGUGGCAUGCAGCAGCAGCAGCAGCAAUAACAAUGGCCAUGCGGCAACAAUCAAUCAUCAGCAACGCACACACACGCCCACAACGGCUGUCUACUACCAACAGCAGCAGCAACAGCAACAGCAGCAGCAGCAGCGUUUUAUCUUUAACUCUCACAAUCAGCAACAUGUACAGGAGCAACAUCCACAGCCGCAACAGCAGCCGCAGCAGCAGCAGCAACAACAAUCCUUACUCGAUCUCAGCGAGUGGAACAAUACCCGUGUCCUAGCCAAAAUCCAUAAUCAUUAUGCCCCAGGGAUUAUACGACAAGUGCAGGAGGCACAACCCGAUUCAAUACUCGUGGAAUUCGAUUCCACCGAUCUGGGACUGCUCCUAUAUCCGGAUGUGUUCCACAAUGGACGAUAUCAUGUGAUACUCGAUGCCAGUCCACCCAUGGCCGAUAUCACGCUGGGUGCCCGGGUCUGUGUGCGCCAGCGUGUGGAGGGACGUAGCUCUGGCAGCUUCGUUUAUGUGGAGGGCAUCAUCACGGACAUCAAUCAGGCCACAAAGCAAUACAGUGUCCAAUUGUUUGGCGAUGAUAUGGCGCCCACAAAGGUUGUGCGUCGUGCGGAUCUACGUCUGUUGCAGCCACCCUGGUGGGACGAGCUCAGCGAGCUGUCACCCUCCUCGGGGCCAACCGUAGCAGCAACGACAACAGGCAAGCGGAAGGCAGUGGAGGCCAUGCCCGUGCCCGUGCCCGUGCCCGUGUCCGGUGGCAACAUUGUGUACCCAAAGGUGGCCACAGGAACGCCCCUUACUUUUGUGGCCACACGGUACGACGGCAAGCUGCCCACGGCACCGCCCACGCCCACGUCCACCUCCCAGCAGCAGCAGCAGCCGCAGCCGCAACCGCAUCUGAAACAAGAAGAGUAUUACCGGACGACGGCCACAUCACCGUUCCAGAGCGGUGUAGUGCCGACGGCGCGACCGCCCUUGGGGCUGGGGGGCCAUGUGGUGGAGCAGACGACCACGGGGCAGACGGCGGUGCAGGUGAACGGCCUGCCGGACAUAGUGAUCUCUCCGGGAAGCAAUGGGCAGCAGCAGCAGCACCUGAAAACCCAACAGCAGCAGCAACAACAGCACGACGACUACGAAUCGGAUGACGAGCUGAAUGUGGUGGGUAUCGGGUAUUCGCCGGCUGCCGGCGACCUGGACACGGAGAAGAUGAGCGCCUGCAGCAAACGGAGCAGCAUGCAGAGCCGCGGCAGUACGUCCAGUCUAUUCGAUCAGAGGCUGACACCACGAUCUCAUCCAGCAACUCCAAGAUCUCAGGCUACUACGCCGCAUCGUUUCAAGAAGGGCGACAUCGUGGAAUCGGAGUCCGGCGUGCGCAAGAAGUACAAUGGGAAGCAGUGGCGACGCCUCUGUAUGCUCUGCACGAAGGAAUCUCAGAGGAGGGGCUUCUGUUCGAGGCAUUUGAAUCAGAAGGGUAACAAUGCCCAUCCCUCGUCCACGGGUCCGAAUCGUUUACUGAGUGAUAGUCGUUCCAGCAGCAAGACACAGAUCGAUGAGGACACAUCGCGUGACUCGGAGACAUCGCCCAACUAUCGGGUCAAGGGUCGCUACGAUCAGGAGGACACCGAUGCGGCCGCCGUGCUAGUAUCCCUGAGCAGUUCACGCUCGGCCACGCCAUCGUAUACAUCACCCGUGAAUCAUGCCGGCGCCUCGCCGCUAAAUGCCAUCGCCCACUCGCCGGUCAAUGUGUCCUCGAACCAUCACCACAGGCAGAACUUUUUCACGCCCAUUGCUGCCACCAAUCAAUCCCAGCAGCAGCAACAACAACAACAACCUGCCGCGGCGACAUCUGUGGCAUCGAUUGGUCCUUUGGAUACGGGAAAAUGGAAGACUACGCCCAGUCCGGUCCUUUACAAUGCCAACAACAACAACAACAAUGGAUGGGAGGGGAACAACAGCAACAGUGGAGCAUCAGGAAAUGGAACAGGAGGGGGAGGAGGAGGAGCACAACCACUGCCAAUGCCGCCACAAACAACGGCCGUAUCGCUGGUCAUGCAUGCCCCACCGCCGCAACACCAGCAGCAUCAACAUCAACAACCACCUGCCGCACACCUCAAUGCACUGCCAGGACCUGGAGCGCCGCCCAGCAGUGUGGGGCAUGCCACCAGCGUGAUACGCAUCUCCAGCAGCCAGCAGCAUGCGACAACUCAGCAGCAGCAGCUGCCGCAGCAGUCGCAGCAUCCCCAUCCUCACGUGGUUGUGUCUCAGAACCAAACGUUUCAUCCCGUGAUCGUGGAUGCCACACAGCUGACGGUGACGUCCAUGCCGGUUCAGUCCAUGAUGCAGCAGCAGGUGCCGCACACUUCGGUUUCAUUUCAUCAUCCCAACACGCCCACCAACACCACCUCUGUGGCAGUCACGUCGAUAGUGCAUGGCCACGGCCACGGCCAGGGCCAGGGUCAGGGCCAGGAGAAAGUGUUGCCAAAAAACGGCUACAAUGCGCCUAGCCAUCCAUGGUACAAGAUUCUGCCACAAAUGCCGCCCAUGACCAAGGCGCCACAAGGUCCGGCCACACCGACAACGACAACGACCGCCAGCAACUACAGCGUGGUCAUGAUGCACCAACAGCAACAGCAGCAGCAACAGCAGCAGCAGCAGCCGUCGCCCCAGCAGAGCCCCUUGGGAGGAGGAGGAGUAGGAGGUGCUGUCCAACAGCAGCAGACGUCUCUGAAUCACAACAACAACCAUAUGAUUGUGCCGAAUCCUAUGUCGUCGCCCGGCAAGCCGCUCAACUGUUCCAUGAACGAUGCCAAGGUGGCAGCAGCUGCUGCUGCAGCAGCCGCCGCAGCGGUGACCCAUCAGCAGGCGGCGGCGGUGGCGGUGGCUGCAGAGGAGCAGGAUGACCAGCUGGACGACGAUGUGUUCGAAUCCACUCCCGCUCCGGCGGCGGCCAUAACCAACGGAAAGAAACAGACGGCGGCCAUGCAGCGGCAGCAAACGUACACGAGCAACAGCAAUAUCCGGAAGCUGGAGGAGUGCCAUGACGACGGCGCCAAUGGAGGAGCACCCAUCACUUCGGCUGCCAAGCGGAGGAGUCAAUCCUUGAGCGCCCUGCAGCAGCAGCAGCAACAGGCAGCACAACAGCAGCAACAGGCGGCAGCAGCAUCGGCGGCAGGAGGAGCGGCUGGUGGACAGCCAGCGGCAGCGAACAAGAAGAUACGCAGGCCGAUGAAUGCAUUCAUGAUCUUCUCGAAGAAGCACCGCAAGAUGGUCCACAAGAAGCAUCCGAAUCAGGACAAUCGAACGGUCAGCAAGAUCCUCGGCGAAUGGUGGUAUGCCCUGAAGCCGGAGCAGAAGGCCCAGUACCAUGAGCUGGCGAGCGUCGUGAAGGAUGAGCAUUUCAAGCAGCAUCCCGAGUGGAAAUGGUGCUCCAAGGACCGCCGCAAGUCCUCCACGUCGACGGCUGCCGGCAAGGCAGGAGCAGCUGGAGCUGCUGCUGCCGCAGGCGAUGCCAAGUCGCGUCUGGCCUCGGUGGAUGGCUCCGAUUCGCUGGAGCACGACAUGUGCCCCAACACGCCGGGCGGGCAGGGCGAUCACCAGGGCGACAUCAUCCCACUGACGAUCGACAACUACAACAGCGCCUGUGAUGAAGCGCCCACCACGAUCUCUGGCGGCAAGGGGGGCAAGCUCCUGAAGAACGAACUGCACUCGGAUGAGGACGAGCAGAUGCUGGUGGUGGAGGAUCAGCCGCCCUGCAAGAAGCUCGACCUGCAGUGUCGCGAACGUGUGAACGAUUCGGACAUGGAUGAUGCCCCCUACGAUUACCGCAAGCAGCAACAGCAACAGCAGGAAAAAGAUCAGCGCCCGCAGGAGGAUCAUGCGGUCGGUGCCAAUGGCCAGGCCAUGACUGCACCGCCGACUGGUGGCAGCGGCGGCGAUCGCGAGAUUACGCUCAAGCCGAAGGCAAUCAAGGCCCAUCCGGUGCUGGAGAGCACCAUGCUGCCAUAUGCCCAGAUGUCGAUCUAUACACAGUACACUAGUCCCAAGAAUCCAAUCGGUGUAACACCAUUCCAACCCACAGGCGGCGCCUUCAAGUCGAUGCCCAUCAGCCCCAAGGGCUGCAGCGGCAGUGGCAGCGGCAAAUCCGACGAGGCGGCUGCCGCACUGCAGCCACAUAUCAAGCAGGAGGACAUUAAACAGGAGCCACCAUCGCCAUAUAAACUGAACGGCGGCUCGGCAUCCGCCGCCGGUGUGGUCAGCAGUGCACCGCCGCAGAACAGUGGUGGGAGCUCCGGUGUGGGAGCCAUCUUCAAUUUCAAUGUGCCAACAGCGACGGCCCUCAGCCAGAAGCAGUUCCAGUAUCCCAUGCAUCACGCGCAUCGCAGUCCCACGGACCUGAGAGAUGGUCAUCACAACAACAACAACAACAACAACAGCAGCAGCAACAACAAUAAGGGAACAGGCCGUGCGGCCAUACUGUACGAUGCCCUCGUGCUGGACACACUCCAUGGCCAGGACGAAGACGACCACGAAGACCUCGAAGAUGGGCAGGAAAAAGCCGAAGGCAGGGAUAAGCAACGAAUGAGCAAAAAGGACCCAACCAAAACGGGAGCCACAAUGCUGCUGAUCACCGACUGCAAUGCGUACAGCCAGCAGCAGGGAACACCGGUAUCGGGAUCGGCGGCCACCCUGCGGCCCGUCUCGUUUAUCAGCAUCAAUGCGUGCAACAAGAUUGCGUUGCCGGCGAAUGCCCGUAUACUGACAGCGGCCACGGCCACCACGACAGCGGGUGUGGCAGCCACGGCGACCAGCCAGGCGGGCGGAGGCGCCGCCACACUGACGGUACUGACCAAAGCGACAACGAUGUCGGCGUCGGGGAAAGCGGGAGCACCGGGAACGCCGGGAACAGCAACAGCAAAUCAUAGUACUAAUAAUGCCAAUACAGAAAUAACCAUAACAGCGGCUGCUCCAGCCACUGCCACCAAACCAGUGGCCGGCAGCAGCAGUGGCAGUGUCAUGAACAACAAAAACUCAUCUACAACUCCUUCCUCCUCCUCCUCCUCCACCUCUGUCUCUCUGUCUACUGCAGCAGCCGCCCAUCAGGCCUGUGUGCCCUCAUCGCCGGCGGCCAUGAGUCUGGGACAUGCUGCCAAUAUGGCCACACCACCGGCCUCCGCACCAGCACAGAUCAUGGGUGCAGGUCCAGCCCCAGGCCCAAAGAUGUUCUUUGCCAUGACAAGUCAGUACUCCCUGCUGCCGCGAUCCCAUCAGCCGGGGACACCCUCGCUGGAGCAUCUGCAGCUGGAGGCCUUUGCGGGCAGCUAUAUAUUCAAGAAUCACAACGGACUGCCGCCACCAGUCAGUGCCCAGCCGACAAUGCUGCUCCAUGGCUAUACGCCGAGUCACAGCGCAGAGCCGCCGGCGAGUUCGCCCUCGUACAAGUCGAUGCCCUCCACCCCGAAGUCGGCGACAUAUCACAUGAGUGCACCUCCGCCAGAGCGCGGCAGCCAGGAAGGAGGCGAGGAGAGCGACAUGGAUGCCGAUGGGCAGCAGUUCAUAUUGGCCCCAACGCCGGCACAAUUGGGACGAGCACCGCUGCAGCGGCGCAAGAAUUUAUCUCAAAGCAAGUCGGAGAGCAAUGUUUCGUUCGGAGCGAAUCUGGGGGCCAGCAAUGGGGGUGGUCAGCACAUCAGUCGGAAGCUGCACUCCCCCACAAUGAUGGAUGCCUCGUCGCCCAUCAUUGGUCAUGUGAAUAGUUCCAGCCUCAGUUCGGCACUGCCCACGCCCACCUCCUCGACAACGACGCCCAAUAGCGAUGAGCAACUGCCUCUGACGCCCACGACGAGCAACAGUAACAGUCAGCCCAAGUCUCCGUUGAAGGGGGUGUCGGCAGCGGCGGGGGCAGCAGCAGCAGCGGCAGCAGUGGCCCACAAAAAGAAGAACGAUGAAUUGAACAACAGUGUACUCAAGCAGGUGGACUUUGAGAAGAAAUACAAGGCACUGCCGCAGUUCCAGCCAGAGGAUUGCCAGUCGCCCAGUGCCAUAGCUGUGCCCUCCUCCCCGCGAGUGUACGGAACCAAUUAUCGCAAGAAGAACACAGCGCCAGUGCCAGUGCAGAAGCUAAUUUGCGAAGAUGAUUCCAUUGAUGAGCCCGCCUCGGCACCGCCAACCACAACGCAGCGCUUCUUUGGGCCCGACUUUAACAACGAGCUGAAGGAUCAAUGUUUUACAGAACUGGAGAGCUCGGAUCAGACGGGACGGUCGCCCCGGACGCCCAAGACGCCGCUGCAGAGUGCCAGAUCGGAUGCCAGCGAGAAGGGGCAUCGCAAGGUGCUGGAAACGCGUCGCAAUUUGGUUAUGCAGCUGUUUGCCGUUCACGGCAACUUCCCAACAGCACAGGCCACAAUUGCCUUUCAGACCAAGCACAUUGAUGUGUUUCCGCGCAAACAGGAUCUGCAGCUGAAGAUACGCGAAGUGCGACAAAAGUUGCUGGGACAGGCCUCCUGCACACCGCACUCGGCCGGCCCCAAUACGCCGUCCGACUCGAAUUCGUCGUCGACCACGCUGAGCGCCAACAGUGCACACACCACAAACGCGACACCGAAUGCGGCAGGUGUAAAGGAGCAGCAGCAGCAGGACUUGGAGCAGCAUUCUCAGGGCAAAGCAAAUGAAACGUAGGGGAGUGGAAGCACAGGACACGCCAACCGAACCGAUUGUUUGCUGCCAAAAGUGACAAAAUUACUUAACGAUAGAGUAAACUCAAUGAAAGCAGCAGCAACGUCAGCACACACUCACGGAAAAGGAAAGAAGAUCAACAGAUACAGAUACAGCUCAUGCAUGAGAUGCAGAUGGAUGUUUAACUAGUUUUUAUUCAAUGGAAAACAAAAAUAGAGAGAAAAAAAUUACAAAUUUUUAAUUACAAUAGGCAUACAAUACGAGUAAAACAAUACAAUACAAUAUACAAUAUAUGUACACCAAGCAACAAAGAUAUCGAUAGGAGAACCGAUUACGAAUGAAUUUAUUAAGCAGCUUAAUAAAUCACAAGAUCAUAGACGGAUAGUAGACGGAAAUUUUUGAAUAAUUGGAACUUUUGAAGCACAUAUGAAGUACAUGCAUACCACAUACAAGAAGAAGAAAAAAAAAAAACUAAAACCAAAACAAAAAAAAACAAAAUCGUGUAGUAGAGAGCAUAAAUACAUAAUGGAACGAUUGUAUAAUCCCCCGCUUAAACGAUUAGGUUGAUAAUUUACAGAAAGAACUGCAACAAGGAGACGGAGAUUGAAGUAGCUUUAACCUUAAAUUGCACAUUAAUUUUUGAAGUGUAUUUAGCACAAGUAAAAAGAAGAAAA